CCAAACACGAAACACACAAUAGUUUUUAAUUUUAUUUCAUAAAAAACUAAAUAGUUUUUAGGUAAACGCUUUUACUUUCAAAAUCUACGGCACAAGUUACAACUACCCCAAACACCUAUGGAAGAAGAAAAAGAGGGUCCUGGUUCGAGAUUAAAAAAAAUUUGAGGUAACGAGAGAAGAAAAAGGGUUAGUUUAGGUUUCAAUAGGUGGCUGGUUUUUGGAAGAGUUUUUGAGAUGGGAAAAGGAGAGGGGGAUAUAAUCGGGUUUGGGGAAGCCAGGGCCAGAGAAUGAGCCGGAGAAACAGAAAGAGAGCAAUCAAGGGGGCUCGUUCUGCGUUUCAGGCGAAGCAGAGAAAGAAAAAAAAUUCAUGUAGCUGAGAAGAAACGAGUCUGGGAUUGUGAGAUUAAGGAGAAACCGAGAUGGAACAAGGGAGAAAAGAGAAAGGAGGAGCUUGAAUACUAUUUUUCCCAAGUCAAGAAAAAUGGCAUUGAAGAAGAAGAGUCUCCUUAAACCACUCUCGAAACUUCCAAAAUCAUCAUCACUACCAUCACUCCCUCCUCUCCCAAACCCACCAGAUACCCAAGAACUCCCACUCCCGGUCUCCACUCUCUCCCCGUCUUCUCACUAUACCCAACUUGUCACCUUCCUCAAAUCGCAGCUAAGUGACCACCAUCCCCUGAGCCCACAAACUCUGCUCCACUUCUUCAAGUCUAAGCUCCACCACCACCCUCUUUUUACCCACUAUGACUUCCACGUUUUCACAUGGGCAGCCUCCAUCGACUCCUUCCAUCAUGAUCACUCCACUUUCUUUUGGAUGGCUCGAUCUCUUGCCUCCUCUUACCGCUUCUCGGACCUCCAGUCCCUCCUUGCUUUCAUCGCCGCCAACCCUUGCCCCUGUUCCCAAGGUAUCUUCUCUUGCCCCCAACUUGAAACCAUUUUUCUCUUUGUGAUCAAAGCUUAUAGCAGGCUGGGGAAGAUGGAGGAUGCUCUGUGUGCAUUUCAAACUAUGAUGAGGUUGAUUGAUGGGAGGCCUAGUGUUGUUGUUUAUAACAUUGUGAUUAAUGGAUAUGUGAGAUGCGGAGACAAUGAUAAGGCAGUAAGCUUUUACGAGAGGAUGGUGAGAGACAAGGUUACGCCUGAUGUUUUCACAUUUAAUAGUUUAAUUAAUAGUUAUUGCAGGAGUUCUAAGUUUCAUUUGGCUUUGGAUUUGUUUAGGGAGAUGAAGGAAAGAGGCUGUAGUCCCAAUGUGGUUAGUUUUAACACACUGAUUAGAGGGUUUUUCCGAGAAAAGAAAUUUCAAAAAGGGAUUCAGAUGGCUUAUGAGAUGAUCGAGUUGAGGUGUGAGUUUUCAAGUGUGACGUGUGAGAUUUUGGUCGGUGGACUUUGUAGCGAAGGUCGGGUUUCGGAGGCCUGUGAGUUGGUGAUUGACUUUUCCAUGAAGGGAGCUUUGCCUGCUGGGUUUGAUUAUUCUGGGCUUGUGGGUAAGCUUUGUGGUAAUGGGAAUGCAGCUAAAGCAUUACAAGUAGUGGAUGAGUUGUGGAGAGGAGGAAAUGCUCCAAGUUUGAUUGCCUGUACUACUUUGGUUGAAGGUUUGAGGAAGGAUCAAAGAAGAGGAGAAGCAUUCAAAUUGAUGGAGAAGAUGCUUAAAGAGGGUAUGGUUCCUGAUAGUGUUACUUUUAGUUGUCUUCUUCAAGACCUUUGUGAUGCUGUGAGAACAACAGAUGCAAAUAUGUUGAGGUUAUUGGCCUCAAGCAAGGGUUUGGAAACAGAUGCUGUAAUGUAUAACAUUUUGGUAGCUGGGUAUACAAGGGAGGCCCGAAGGAAGGAGGGAGAAAUUUUGGUGGAUGAGAUGUUGGACAGGGGUUUUAUACCUGAUCUUGCCACAUAUAAUAGGUUGAUGAAUGGUUUGGCAGGAAUGCCUUUACAUAGGCGAUCUAGUGCUAUCAACAGGUGAUCAUGUCAUGCUUUCUGGUGUACUUGUUGAUAUGUGCUAAAGGCAUCUUCAACCAAAUGACAAAAGUAGCAUCGUCCUUAUGAUAGACUUUAUUUAUGCUAUUUCUGGACUAGAUUGGUGUUCAGGAGAGGUAGUUUUCACAUGGAAAUGAGGUGUAGUGUUAUCUUGAUUAUAGAGUUCAUACCAAAUGACAAAAGUGGGAAGUACUGCCUUCAGUGGCUGACUUGAUAGAUGCUACUUCUAAAGUGGAACAGCGUUUGCAGGUUUGAUGUUUAUACUUUUCCACAUGCUCCUCUCAAUGUACGGUAACAAUAAUUAAUUAUCAAGCAAUUCAUCUUUUAGUUGAAGCAGAAAGACUUUUGAGUUGAGCAAUAGCUAAAGUACCAGACCACGGUGCCGGGUAAUAUUGCGUAUACAUUUAUAUUUUGGAUAAGGGAAUCUAAUUUUAUCAGUUAUACAGUUGAUACCACAUGUUAUCACUUCACCGGAUAAGUCCAGGCUCAAACAGGUAAUAUCAUUUAAGAUGCAGAGGAGCAUGUUCUAGCACCCAGAAUUUAGAUUCACCAUAUCAAUGACUGCAAUUCAUCCAAACCCUUCAAAAUGCAUUUAGAUUAUUCAUCAUCAAAUCGGUUAUAUGUCCUCAGAUGUGGGAAGUUGAAACUGAUAAGGUGGCAGAAGACUAGAAAAGAUGCUCCGCUUGCGCUCUGAAUACCAUAAUAUGGUGGAUAAAGAGCUAAACCAUCCUUUCUUGUCUUAAGCUUGGAUUAGAGUUUUAAAGGAAUCUCAGUUAAGCCGUUCGUUGUCUUUGUCUGCUGGGUUCACUUCUUUUGGAUUGGGGAAUCUUGAACUCACUUUAGAAUCGAAGAUAUUGACUUCAGUGCUAAUGUAAUGGGUUUAUCCACUCCAUUUCUAAGUGGGCUUCUAAAUAUAACAUUUGCGGCUCCAGUCCCAAACUCUAUGAUGCAACAUUAUACUUUCAAUAUAUAUGUUAUAUAGCACAAGUACCUUUGUAAAUUCUAAGUAUAUUAAUUUAUUCUUCACAAUGCA